UCAUUGGAAGAAAGUUAGGUACCAGUCUGCUGGAGGACUUGCAGAAACUUCCAUAGCUACCCCAGCUGCAUUCAGACUAUUCACAGGGAGUUGGAAGUUUUCUGUUGCUGCAAGCAAAAAUGCCAGCAAGAUCCAGUGCCCAGCUGGCAUGGCUCUGCUUUGUUGCCGUGUCUGUGGCCAUCUACCCUGCACUGCUGCAGAAGCCUCCUAAAAGGAGAACAAUCAAUGGGAACGCACAGUCCAAGCUGACAGCCUGCUGCGACGAGAUCAAGGAGCUCAAGCUGCAAGUGGCCAACCUCAGCAGAAUGCUGCAGGAGCUGAGCAAGAAGCAGGAGGGGGACUGGGUGAACGUGGUGAUGCAGGUGAUGGAGCUAGAAGGGAGCACCAAGCAGAUGGAGUCUCGCCUCAUUGAUGCUGAGAGCAAAUACUCCGAGAUGAACAACCAGAUAGACAUCAUGCAGCUCCAGGCAGCUCAGACCGUCACGCAGACUUCAGCUGUAGAUGCUGUCUAUGACUGCUCUUCACUUUACCAGAGGAACUACCGAAUCUCUGGUGUUUACAAGCUACCUCCUGAUGAAUUCCUGGGCAGUCCAGACCUGGAGGUGUUCUGUGACAUGGAGACAGAUGGAGGUGGCUGGACUAUCAUCCAAAGGCGUAAAGUUGGUUUGACAUCUUUCAAUAGGGACUGGAAACAAUACAGGGAUGGAUUUGGCAACAUUAGGGGAGAUUUUUGGCUGGGAAAUGAAAAUAUCUACAGACUCUCAAGACGCCCCACUGUUCUGAGAGUGGAGUUGGAGGACUGGGAAGGUAACCUCCGCUACGCACAGUACCAGCAGUUCACCCUGAGCAACGAGCUCAACAGCUACCGGCUCUUCGUGGGCAACUACAGCGGCAACACAGGGCGCGACUCCCUGCGCUACCACAACAACACAGCCUUCAGCACGAAGGACAAGGACAACGACAAGUGUGUGGACGACUGUGCCCAGUUCCGUAAAGGUGGCUACUGGUACAACUGCUGCACAGAUUCCAACCUGAACGGGGUUUACUACCGCAAGGGAGAGCACACCAAGAACAUGGAUGGCAUUACCUGGUACGGAUGGCAUGGAUCAACCUACUCACUGAAGAGAGUUGAGAUGAAGAUCCGGCCAGAGGACUUCAAACCAUAGAGGGAACCAAUAUUUGCUUUGUACAGCUAUGUGAUGCCACUGCUGAAGGUGGGCAACAGAGAGCUCCAAGUCAGCCAGACAACUGUUCAUUUCAUCUAAUAUGUGCAACAGCUACAUACUGCCUGUGUACACAGAGGCAGGGCUCAGCAUUACUUCCUCCUCUUAGGACUCUUUCCAAAGGGAAAAAAUGCUGCAUUAGAGUAGGUUAGGAGAGAAUGCACUUACAGCACCUUCAGAAAACCCACUGGUCUGCUGUCACUAGUGUUGUGACUGGUGGGUUGCCUUAGCAUUAACCAGCCAGGCAGGGACUGAAGAAAGAAGGCCUCUGUCACCUUUCCUUCAGUGUCUAGAGGAAGCAUUGUUGAGUAACUCCUUCCAAGAGGGACUCACAUCACAGAAACACUCAUUUCAUACCAGAGGAAUCAAUCAGAAGUGCCCCUGACACACCUUUAUUUAGCGUACAGUAAGUGUCUUACAUUCCCACACAGAAAAAAGCAAAGCUCAAAAGUUUCAGAUCAAUUAGGAUUGCCCAGGUUCCCUCUUCAAGUUUUACUGCCACCUUCUACUGCUGCCUCAAGCAGAUACCCACAGAUGGUCGGCUCUCAGCAGACAGUAACCCUGAAGGAAGGAUUUCUCCUGUAUGCUCUGUGACACUUAUUCCUAUCCACAGAUCACCUAAAGGUUGAUUAAUUACAAAGCAACUUACUGGGCUGUCACAAACUUACGUUCAGGCCAGAACAUAAGCAUGCCACAUGGCUGUAAAACUAAGAGAACAGCAGGUCAGCAGAAAAACAUCCAGAGCCAGCCACACACUCAACUCCAACAAUAAAAAACAUUGUAUCCCUGAGCAAAACACCAGCAGGCCCCAGUGAACCCAUUGAGGGCCAGAAGCUAUUCCAACCUGAGGGGACGUCUGCUAGCACAUCGCACUGAGGAACAUGAACAUCUGUUCUGAAGACCACCCAGUUACAAGCUACCUAGAGAUGUCACAAAUGAGUAUCCUUAACACAGUGUUAAAAAGAACAGUUACAAAAGAGAGACUCCUCCUGUAGCCAUACCACUGUUUGAGUAUGUUGGAAAAGAUAGUGAUAGUUAAUAUAUCUAUUUUUAUUCAUCCUAAAGAGAGUUUGAAUCUAAUUUAAACUGUUCAGUCUUGUGUGAAAUGGGAGAUAAAGGUGUCUUGGGAAUUGCCUUAAACAUAUUUGGUUAUUCAUGCUGUAAAUUUCAUCUGUGUGGAUGUAUUUUAUCUGUGGUCUGUAAAAUGACUUUUCAAAGGUUUCUAAACAUUUUCAUUUCUAAUAAA